CACAGUCAUAUUAUUGACAAGCGAUCAACGACCCUGAUCCUGACUGAUCCAAUUCCGCUGCACCAUUUCCAUCCCUCUCCACCAACAACACAUCCUGUCCAGCUUCAUCACCGCAAAACAAUUCUUCACAACCCUUGGCUCUCCUCUUAUAGCCUACUCAUCUUUCCGGUCCUUCUACCAGCCCAUCACGCAGUGACCCGUCGCAAGCACCACUUGCGCUGUUGUCGAAAUCACCCGUCCUUCCGAAAUAUUCCCUUUCCCCGUCACUCAGUCCUCCAGCUGUAUAGCAUCUCGCAGCAACCAUGUCUUGGCAAGCAUACGUCGAUCAAAGCCUCGUUGGCACCGGCCACGUUGAUAAAGCCGCCAUUUUUAAUGCGGAGGGGACAUCCGUAUGGGCUAGCUCCCCGAACUUCAAGGUGACGCCUCAAGAGAUGCAAGAAGUCGUCGGCGCGUACAAAGACACCUCGACACCUAAGGCUGUUCAGUCAACGGGAUUGCAUAUCGCAGGCCAGAAAUAUAUUGUCAUCAAGGCCGAUGACACGAGUCUGUAUGGGAAGAAGGGUCGAGAAGGUGUCGUUAUCGUCAAGACGAAGCAAGCUCUCCUCAUCACACACUAUCCAGAGACAAUACAACCCGGCACAGCUGCCAACACGGUCGAGAAGCUCGGCGCUUACCUGGUCGGGGUGGGAUACUAGGCUGGGAAAGAGCAGGCAGCUCGUCUCCGUCUCAGGCUCAGCUCAGUACAGUGCCAUCUCCGCACUGUAUGACGGAGUCCUGCAAUUGAUCGAAAGGCGGAACUGAUGAAAUGAUAAAGCACGACUUGAGCAGAUAAAGAUUUCUGAAUGACGAGAACGAACGAAACAAGAACCAUCACGCAACCAACCCACGGGCAUUUCCACGGAGCAUUUGUUUGAUAUUCGGUUUGGCUGGCAAUGCUGACCUUAUGCUUAUCUAUGAUUCGCAGCGCAGCGCAGUGCAGUGCAACACUGAAUGAAGCCUCAAGAAACAAUUUGCUCUUCAUCUUUGCCGUUGACAUGUUCGUUUGUUUCGGGGAAAUCCUUCUGGCCACACCUAGCAACCUUUUGCCCCUGGAGAAUUGUUACUGUGGUCUACGUUGUUUUAUAUGUGCUCGUUAAGAUC